AUGGAUUCCCGGUUGUCGGACCUAUCGAAGUGGCCGUUGGAUUUCCUAUGGUGCACCGACCAAGACUGGACAACGGAAAGCAUGCCGUCUGAUUCCGCCAUUGAAUCCGCUCUCAAGAGAGACGACGAGCUGCUGAAGAUUCACGCGGAGUUCGUCCCGGUGAUGCUCAGCCACGAGGAGUUCUGGAAGCGAUACUUCAGGACAGUCGACGCCAUUGAACGCUACCCGGGAUGGACCUCCGACCAAAUGGAACGGCAGAUCAGGUCAGCGAGUCAGGCGCUGCAGUACUCUCUGAAGAAGCACAGCGUCUUGGACAACGUCGCCAGCUGCGCGCCGAGUGCUUUCCUCCUGCAAAACCUGGCAAACGCCGUCCGUGACACGGAACCGUACACAUCGGUGAAGGAGCUAGCGGACAGUAUAUAUUCUCCCUCUGGCGUGUUGUUCCGUGCGGUUGAGAAGACCUUCAGCGGCUCCUCAUGGCUGCCUGUUGCUACCACACCGGAAACACCGCCCAUAGAAGCUUCCCUCUCGGAUUGCUCAAACGAGGACGCGGUUCGGAUUCUCUUCAAAUCAGGGGAAAUGGAUGCUUUCACCUGUGGCUGCUGGCGCGCGCUCACAAACUUCUCCCCCAACUCCAACCACUACUCCUCAUCCAACGGCUCUCAUCUCUCCUCAUCCAACGGCUCUCAGCUCUCCUCAUCCAACGGCUCCCCGAUAAGCAACCACGGCUGCUGCUUCCAUGAAGCUGACCUGGACCAGGACCGGAUCUCCCUCCCUCCCCUCCGCGAGAUCUCUCUCAGCAACGCAUCUGGGCCGUUGAAAACGCCACCUGGAUCGCCAUCAACGGCGUGUGGUUCACCUGCUGGGUCGUACGGAAGGGUGGUGCUGAAAUCCCUGCACGGAGCUCCUGCUGGGAGUCUGGCGGUUCGCCUGGCGGAGCUGAUGGCGGGUAUUGGGUCGCCUGAGGAGAUGGCUCGCCUGUGGCUCGAAGUCAUGCAAGAGGGGUGUGUGGCGUGCUGCAGCAGUGGCAGGUGCUCAACUGUGCCGUUGCCAGGAAGCGAUGGCGCAGGGCACGAGUCAGCAGCAACAUUCAGAAGCACCUGCAGCACGAUUCGGCUGGCAGCUCCAGCACCAGAAGAAAACAGACUUUUUCCCCUUCUCACUCCUCACCAAAAGCUUCCUUUCCCAUCCCUUGCCAACUCCAAACUUAUGUGGCAGGUUCGGGAUCGGUGGGAGGAGGGCAUCGCCAUACCGCAUGUGUUUGCAGACAGGGAGGGGCCGGACGUGGGGGUGUGUGGCGUGCUGCAGCAGUGGCAGGUGCUCAACUGCGCCGUUGCCAGGAAGCGAUGGCGCAGGGCACGAGUCAGCAGCGACAUUCAGAGACACUUGCAGCAGCAGCAGCACCUGCAGCAGCCGGACUGCUUCCAAUUCUUUUCGGAAACAGCUGCUGGGGAUUUUGGAGAUUUCGGGAGGUUUGAGCCGGCGCUGUGCAAGACGUGCGGGAGUUAUAAUCUGUCAGAAGUGCUGCUGGAAAUACCGCUGGAGUCACCGCCAUGUGGUUCGCCCAAAGGCGGAUCGCCCAGACGUUUUGCUGAGGAGAACGGAUGUGCGCUGAGUGAGCAGAACGGCUCCUGCUCCUGGGCCUGCUUCCCCGACGCAUCUGAAACAGCUGCGGCAGAAAAGUUUUCUGACUCAACAGGGACCGAGACUAAGACUGGGUUUCCUUCCAUAGGGCGGGCAGGAGAGGAAUCUGGCAGCGAGUCAGGAGGGAUGCGGCUGCUGGUGACGGGGGCGCGCAUGUGCGUGCCAGAGGUGCAGGAUGGGCCACUGGUGACGAGCUUGUACCUGGCAGAGAUGGAAGAGGCCAUCAUGCACACGGGCAGCCUCAGCAUCGCUCACAAGCGGCUCUUCUCCGACAUGCAGGCGUUCAAGGCUGCGAAUCCUGGGUGCAUAUUGGAGGACUUUGUGCGAUGGUACUCGCCUGCUGAUUGGUCGAGUGAUGCACCUUCCACCAGAAUGGGAGGCGGGGGAGCAGAGGGAGGAGCGGGAGGGGAUGCGGGAGGGGAUGCGGGAGGGGAGGAUCACGAGUCUAAUGACUCGAGUGAUGGAGACCGCUGUGAGCAGGGACAGGGAGCGCGCAGCAAGGCUGGAUACCUGAGCGCUCGCAUGUCCGGCCCAGACAACAAGUGGAGGCUGUAUUGGAGCGAAGCCAAGCCCGUGCCAGCCCUGCUGCAGCCCCCUCUCUUCGAUGAAUGCGAGGCUGGGGCAAGGAGCUUGGAGUAUCUGGAGAGCAUCAGCCCUACAGAGCUCUUCAUUCAGCUCUUCACCUGCCUUGUGUCUGUGGGGUGCGCUGCAGCGCUUGAAGUGGCUCCCUCUGUGCCGGACGGCAGCAGCAAGGCCCGAUUGGACGAUUCCUUGAAGUACAUCUUGCAUGCCUGCGGGCGACACAUGACACAGGACAGAAUGCGUUACAUCUGCAUGGUGUAUGGAGCAAUGGAGCGUAUCAUCUCUGACAACGCACAGUCAAUCACUCCAGGAAUCACCUCAACAACAACAGCACCGAGCUGUGCCGUUCUCAACUCCUCUGUUGCGGAAGAGCUCUACACCCAGCAGACGCCCUCUGUGUGGAGCUAUAUGCAUGACGGGUACACUGGCUUACCAUGUGAUGGGGAUGGGGAUGGGGAUAGAGAAACUUUUGAGGCGGCUGAAGAGGAUCCAGGGCACUUGAAACAGCAGGCGCCCUCUGUGUGGACCUACAUGAAUAACGGCUAUGCUGGCCUACCGUGCAAUGGGGGACCGGCAGGAGAGGAUCGAGGAGCGCAGAGUCUGGACAACGAAUGGAGUGCGGAGUUUGAGAGCGGUUGUGAUAAGUCUCGGGUUGGUGGUGGGAGGGAGGGGGGGUGUGGCGAGUUUGGUGCUGGUCAUAAGAAGCGUGGUGGUGUGGGGGGGGAGGUGGAGUAUGGGUAUGCUGUGGAGCAUAAGGGGAGUGUGUUAGGGUUUCUGAAUGGAGACAGCUCGGGGCAGUACCAGUGUGUAACGAAUUCUGAGGAGGAGAGUGCACGAGCUUCCUGUGACAACUGGGCCUGCUUUUGA